UUUGUUUCAUUUGGCAAAAAAGAUUUGUCAAGCUAGCUGAUAUUACAGUACUGCGUAUUGCCGUAUUGUACAGCUGUUGUACACAAGGUCUGUACAAGAAUGUCAAUUUACCGGUCUGGGGUGUGGUUUGUAAAGGGCCUGAGGGAAUAUACCAAGAGUGGAUUUCAGGCAGCUUGCAAGAAUUUCAAUAAUGCCGAUAUUGAUGUCAAUGCUAGUGGCAGAAGCUUCAUGAUAACAGGUGCAAACAGUGGAAUAGGAAAAUGUGCAGCCAUUGCCAUUGCACAGAAAGGUGGCACUGUGCAUAUGGUGUGUAGGGAUGUUACAAGAGGAGAAGAGGCAAGACAAGAAAUCAUCACACAGACAGGAAAUCAGGAUGUUCACUUACAUCAACUGGAUAUGUCAAAACCCAGAGAUAUUUUCAACUUUGUCAAGAAUUUUAGGGAAUCUGGAAAAGUCCUUGAUGUUUUGAUUAACAAUGCUGGAUGCAUGGUAAACACAAGGGAAGUAACUGAGGAUGGGUUAGAAAAGAAUUUUGCCACAAAUACUCUUGGAACACAUGUACUCACUACAGAACUGAUACCACUGUUGUCAGAAAGAGACAAACCAAGGGUGAUAAUAGUGUCAUCAGGUGGAAUGCUGACUCAAAAGCUAGACGUGAAAGACUUACAAUUUGAGAAAAUGAAGCCUUUUGAUGGCACUACAGCAUAUGCUCAGAACAAACGCCAACAGGUGGUCAUGACAGAGGAGUAUGCUAAACGCUACCCCAAAAUCCAUUUCUCCAGCAUGCACCCAGGAUGGGCAGACACACCAGCUGUGAGGAGUGCAAUGCCUAGUUUUUAUGAGAAGAUGAAGAAUCGUUUAAGAACAGCAGAGGAAGGAGCCGACACACUGAUCUGGUUAGCCCUGUCUGAGGCAGCCUUCAAACAACCCAGUGGUCUCUUCUUCCAAGACCGAACCCCAGUGGCAACACAUUUACCUCUUGCUUGGUCUAGAGCAACACCUCAAGAAUGUGAACAGUUCAUGAAUCAACUGGAUCAAAUUGCCAAACAGUUCAGCAAUUAGAAGAAACCAUGUCUUGAAAGAAAAUAACCAUGUCUCAAAAGAUAACCCAUUCCUACAUGUACACGAUCAUUAAUUCGUUAAGAGACCACUUGCUAAAAACAAAUUUUAGUUGCCUAUCUGUAUGGUUUCGUGAUGGAAUCAGUUUCUACUUAUCCAUCUUCUUUCUUGAAAGUAUGUGUUUGUUAAACACAGAUGUGUAGCAUAUUGUCAACAAAUCCACCAAUCCAGAGACAUUCUGUAAUCAUAUGAAAUGUCUGCUUAAAGAAUGAGCUUUUUUUCUAUUUCUCAUUGAAAAAAAAUUACGGGUAUAAAUUUUCAGUUACACACUCGGACUGCUAUGACUUUGGCAGUCCAUAUGACUUUGUGUGCAUUUAAUUGAACUGAGUUCAAAGUCAAGUUCAACAUAUUUAUAACUAAUCUGUUAGGAAUGUAAUAUUUGUUCAUUGUAAAUUAUGUACCAGAAAUUUUCUGAGCUAAAUUUUACUUAUUCAAUCUUCUGACUUAGGACUACCUUAUCCAAGAUAAAAAUUUUAUUUCUUAAUAGAUCUAUUAAUAAAAGGCAACAAUUAAGGACCACACAUAAUUAAAAAAUGUUACAUAUGUUUGUUAUGUUUGUAUAUAUGUUAAAAAUGUUUGGAGGAUGGGGGGAUUUUUUUUAGAUUGCACGAACCUGAUAUUAAAAUCAAAAUCUACAUGUUUACUUCAUCGAAUGCAUUAGAUAUAAUUCCUGUACUCAUGUGAAGAUUUACUAAAAAUAGUCCUGAAUCUCUGCUACUUCAUUGCAUGUAUUUCCUUGUAUAUGUAUAUUCAGAUCCUAAAAGACAAUUUGCUAUUUAUUGAAGACCUAGUCCUAAAUUAAAAAUGUAUUAUAUUAUAUUGUGUAAUA